AUGCAGCCCUGGACGAACUUUCUAAUCGUCAUUGUCACCAUUUUCGCAGCCUGUGAGUCCGCAUCAUCGGCAACAGCCAUCUCAAGCGACACUGCCACUUACGUCGCCCCAUUGAUAGAGACUUGCCCAGUCGGGACCUCAACCUGCGGUAAGAUCAAAGACAAAUAUCUGGUCAUGCUACGUGAAGGAUGCGAACCCUCCUCCCACCUUCCCUACAUUUCAAGAACCCUCCACGUUGACGAUCCAGCCAAGGAAUGGCGGAUGAAGUGGCAUGGCGAUGGCGUCUAUUCCGUCCAUGAAGCCUCAGCAGAUUCAAUCGACCUCCUUCGUCGAGAUCCGGGAGUCGAGGAGAUCGAAGAGGGGUACUGGAUUCGAAUGGACGAAGUUGAUCGAUGCCGAGACCCAGCGUAUUCGGAAGAGGAAAGAAGGCAGUGUUACGAUGCGAGCUCGGUUGAUUCACGCGAAACUGUUGUGUACUUAAAGGACGAGUGGCGAGCUUCUGCUGGGACAUCAGAAGACGACAAGUCUGAAACCUCGACUUUUAGAGGAGAGAAGAAGGAGCUCUGA